CAAUAUACAACAGAGAGCAGUGUCGCCACGGUUCAACAUUCACCAGUUGGAGAGGUGACAUUCUGGUUCAAGAGAAAACCUUAAACCAAUAAUAAUGGGCUCGGUGAAGAAUACAUCUGAAAAGGCCCUGGCAAUGCUCAGGGCCCUUCCAAGGAUAUCUCUUAGCAAUCUCAGGAACACCGGUCAACCUUAUAGACAUGGAAGAGGCAGGGCUCAGCAUGGUGGAGACAAGCACGGAUGCGGCAACAAAGGUUCUGGCCAAAGGCAGAAUUUUAUGCGCCUGGGGUAUGAGACAGGAAACAAUCCGUUUUACAUCCGUUUCCCAUAUGAGCCGUAUUAUAAGGGACAUCAUACGAGAAAACAGUACCCACCAUUGAGCUUAUUGCAAUUACAAAAGAUGAUAGACACCAACCGGAUCGACACGACUGUGCCUAUCGAUCUGGCUACUAUUGUCAACACCGGUCUGUACAGAUUUCAGCCCGAAGAGAAACACUAUGGAGUUAAUCUUACUGAUGAGGGUGCAGAUGUUUUUAAGGCCAAAAUUAACAUUGAAGUCCAGUGGGCAUCAGAAGGUACAAUAGCUGCAAUCGAGAAAAAUGGAGGAGUUAUAACAACGGCCUACUAUGACGUCAACUCUUUAUGGGUGUUGAAAAACGUUGAGAAGUUUUUCAAGAAUGGCCAACCCCUGCCACGCAGGAUGAUCCCAACGGAGGAUGUCAUCCUAUAUUAUAGCUCAGCUGAAAACAGAGGCUAUCUUGCAGAUCCAGAAAAAGUAGCGUACCAGCGUGUGGUUUUAGCACAGAAAUAUGGCUACAAGCUGCCUGCAAUUGACAAAAAUGAUCCCCUUUAUGAAACACUCAUGGAAAGGAAAGAUCCCAGACAAAUUCUGUAUGGUCUUGCUCCUGGAUGGAUAGUCAAUUUAGUUAAUAAAGAAAUUUUAAAACCAAAAGAUCCAAGUUUAGAGGAAUACUACAAAUCAUAAUAUUUGAUAUUGUAUUAAUAACUUUUUAGAUAAACAUUUAUUUCUUGUUGAA